AUGAGAAUUCCAAUUGCUGGUUGUGACACUUUAAUUUGGCCAUACAACAGUAAUAGUAUCUUAACUGCAAAAUCUGUCUAUAAACUGCUAGAUAAUGAAUUGCCUCAUAAUUCUAGUCCCAAUCCUGAUUUUGAAACACAUAAGGCUAUUUGGAAGUCCCAUCUUUUGCCUAGAACCCACUUGUUUAUAUGGAAGUGCUUUGAAAAUAUUCUACCCACUGGUAGCAAACUAGCUAGAUUCAACCACACUCAUGAUGAUAGGUGUAAAUCAUGUAACUCUGGUGUUUCUGAAACUCUGGAACAUAUGUUACUUCACUGCCAAUUUGCUAAAAAUGUGUGGUCAAACAUCCAUGUUGUUAGUUCCUCUGUUUUGCAGGAUUCUGAUACUAACAUAAGUAUUAAGGAAUGGAUUUAUAAAUGGCUCACAUCCAAAACUCUGCAAGAUAAAUCGUCUAUUGUCCUUACUGUGGCCUGGUGCAUCUGGAAAGACAGAUGCUCAAAAGUGUUUGAUAACAUUCACUUAAACCCGCAGAUUACUGCUAGAAAUGCUAUAAAAACUGUGGGUGAAACUAUGAAUGUUUUUGCUCCUGUAUCUGUGCCCAACAUAACUAAUGUGGUUCCUGAUGUUGCAUCUAAUUUUCUUGAAUCUGUAUCACAUAAAAGUCUUCUAAUAUUCUGUGAUGCUUCCUUUGACAAAAAUACUAAUGAAUCUGGUUUUGGAAUUGUGGCCUUAAACUCAGCAGGUGAAUUCAAGGGAUGCAAGCUAGUCUCAGGAAGGAGUGCAAGUUCUGAAGUAGUUGAAAGUGCAGCAAUCCUGGAGGAUGCAAGUUGGAUUAAAAGAAAUAACUUCCAGAACUUUUACAUUAUCAGUGAUGCUAAAAAUAUUAUAGCUUAUCUGAAUAAUAGAAAAGGCCAAACUAGUUGGACCUCAUGCUCUUUAUUAGAUGAUUGUCUUUUCCUUUUAAAAGAUAUUUCUCCUCUUAAAUUCAUUCAUCUUAAGAGAGAUCAUAAUAACUUAGCAGACAUAGAUGCAAAACAUAUUAGAAUGUUGAGAAUUUCAGGAGAAUGGGAUGUUAACAAUCACCCAAAUUUUCUCCCUCAAGAUGUAAUCUCUCAUUAA